CGAUCCCGGGCGCAGGAGGCGGGCGCCCGAGCCCGGGCUGCGCUGGGGCCCCCCACCACGCCCCGGGGCCCGCCCCAGCCCGAACGCGACCCUCUCUCCUGCCCACUCCCUCCAACCCCCACCCCGACGGGCUGUGGAAAGGUGCCCGGCCCGCCCCGGAUGGGCAUCGUGGAGCCGGACUGCAGAGAGAUGCUGACGGGCACCGAGCCGUUGCCUGCGAGCGACGAGGGCCGGGCGCCCGGCGUCGAGCUGCAGCACCGCUACUUCUACCCGGAGCCCAGCGCGCAGGACGCCGCCACCGCCGACCGUCGCGGGGGCAGCAGCCUCGGGGCGCCCUACGCGGGGAGCGCGCUGGUGCCUGCCCCGCCGGGCCGCUUCCUCGGAACCUACGUCUACCCGCCCCGGCCCCAGGCAACCGGCUUCCCAGGGGCGGCAGAGCCCUUUCCGCCAUCGGCGGGCGCCGAGGGCUAUCAGUCCGGGGAUAACUACGCCGCCCCGGACCCGCGCACCAGCCUCUACCCGGGACCGCGCGAGGACUAUGGCUUGCCCGCGGGGCUGGAGGUAUCCGGGAAGCUGCGAGUCGCACUCAACAACCACCUGUUGUGGUCCAAGUUCAAUCAGCACCAGACGGAGAUGAUCAUCACCAAGCAAGGGCGGAGGAUGUUCCCAUUCCUGUCGUUCACCGUGGCGGGGCUGGAGCCCACCAGCCACUACAGGAUGUUUGUGGACGUGGUCUUGGUGGACCAGCACCACUGGCGCUAUCAAAGCGGCAAAUGGGUGCAGUGUGGAAAGGCCGAGGGCAGCAUGCCAGGAAACCGUCUGUACGUCCACCCGGAUUCACCUAACACCGGAGCCCACUGGAUGCGCCAGGAAGUUUCGUUUGGGAAGCUAAAGCUCACCAACAAUAAAGGAGCCUCCAACAACGUAACCCAGAUGAUCGUACUGCAGUCCCUGCACAAGUACCAGCCCCGGCUGCACAUCGUGGAGGUGACGGACGGAGAGCAGGAGGGGACCUGCCACCCCGCCAACACACACGUCUUCACCUUCCAAGAGACCCAGUUCAUCGCCGUGACUGCCUACCAGAACGCCGAGAUCACACAACUCAAGAUUGAUAACAACCCCUUCGCUAAGGGCUUCCGGGAGAACUUGGAGUCCAUGUAUGCAUCUGUGGACGCCAGCGUCCCGUCCCCGCCUGGCCCCAACUGCCAAGUGCUUCCUGGAGACCCCUACUCUCCUCUCCUCCCUAACCAGUACUCGGUUCCGGGCCGUUUCUACCCCGACCUUCCCGGCCCAGCCAAGGAGAUGGUGCCGCAGCCCUACUGGCUGGGAGGUCCCCGGGACCACAGCUACGAGGCUGCUGAGCUGCGAGCGGUCAGCAUGAAGCCCGCAUUCCUGCCCUCUGCUCCGGGGCCCGCCAUGCCCUUCUACCGAAGCCAGGAGGUCCUGGCAUCUGGAGCCAGCUGGCCGGUGCCCCCACAGUACCCUCCCAAGAUGGGCACAGCCAGCUGGUUCCGCUCCAUGCGGACUCUGCCCACUGACCCCUGCGCCCCAGAGGGGCGGGCACCGGAGGAGCAGGGCUCACCCUCGCUCUGGACCGACAUCAUCCCGCUCCGGCCCGAGGCGGGGGACUCCGGGCUGGGUGAGGGAGACUCCAAGAGGAGACGCGUGUCUCCCUAUCCCUCCAGUGGUGACAGUUCCUCCCCUGCGGGGGCCCCAUCGCCCUUUGAGAAGGACGUCGUCGUGGAGAGCCAGUUUUAUAAUUAUUUUCCCAACUGAGCCGGUGAGGACGCAGUGUGAGACUGGGGGGCACCGAGGAGCUGGGAAAGAGAGACUCCGGCCGGACACCCCUGACCCCCUUGGUCCUGCGUCCCACAGCGGUUGAUUUGUGGAGAUACUGGGGUGCUAGGAGGCAUUCGUGGGCUCGCUGGCUGCUUCCCGGCCCACGGUGGCUGUGUGGGGGUCAGCCUUGCCCCUCAGGCCACCCCCACUCCAGUCCUGUACCUGGUGCUGCUGCCGCGGGCUGCUGGCUCCCAGCCCCGUGGGAGAACAGAAACUGACAAAGAGGAGGCCUUGGCUUCCAGGGGUGUGGGUCAAGCGGAGAGGUCAGGAAUCGGAUCCUCUGCUUUCUUGCUUUGUAAAAGAAGCCUCCAAUGGGGCUGUCUGCGUGUGUGCUAAUCCCCGAUCUGAAAAUAAACGUACACGGAUUUUAUCACAGUCGGCAAGCCAGGGUCAGAGAGAGGGCUUGGGUGACUUGGGGCAGCUGGCCUGGGCCCCACCUGCUCAGCUGCAGUGGGGAGCCGGAGAAGGGGUUGGGACACAGUGGCUCGCAGCUCAGGACGCAAGGUCCGGUUUGAGUCAGCUAUGUGCCGGCCAGCUUUUGUCUUUUCUUUCUCCUUUAUUUUUAUUUUUUGGACGGGGCGGCUAUUUAUUGUACAGAAAGUGGUGCCUAGAUGUGAUGUCUUGGUCGCCAUCACUUUCUGAAAAUAAACUUGAAACUGUU